ACGCGCUUUUCCGCUUCAAAACAAGCAUGAGCGUCACUUCCUGCUGAAGUUCAGCGCGGCUUCGUGCUAACAUGAGUUUGAGAAGAGCAGAAUAAAUUCAUCCGUUUAUUAAUAACAGCUUUAUUAUCUUCACAUCGAGCUAUUAUUGGUGUUGACGGUGUUGGCGGGAAUCUUCGCAAAGAUGGCCGACGAUCCGGACUCCAUUCCUGAGAGAGAGAUGAAGGACUUCCAGUUCCGUCAGAUGAAGAAGAUCCGUGUGUUUGAGUCGUGUGCGGAUCUGCCGAAGGAGCGCUGCAGUCUGCUCUGCGUCUCCAACAGGUACGGCCUGACCAUCGCCGGCCGAGAGCGAACGCUGAAGCUGUUCUGGACCAGAGACGUGAUCGCAGCCGGACGCACAGAGGGAAACCCUAAUGACACCGUGGAGUGUGCGUGCGCAGUGACAGCAGAUAUGGACGUGUGUCUCCAUCAUAUUUCUCUGAGCAGUGAUGAGCUCAGUCUGUGUGUGUGUGGAUCGGGAGACGCUGCGGAGCUCAUCAUGCACUUCUACGACAUGCGCAGCUUCCUCAACAAGCAGGACGGACAGCAGAAGCGUCCCUUCUGCUCCUUCAGACCGCCGGCUUCUCCAAACACGCUGGUUCAGGAUCUGAAGUGGAGUCCGGUGGACGCGUCCCGCCUGGCCGUCUGUCUGUCUGACGGCAGUAUGAUGGUGCUGGACGUCCAGGACUCGGUCACCGUGGUCGCUCAGCUUCCAGCAUCUACAGGAAUCACCUGCGUCUGCUGGAGUCCCAAAGGGAAGCAGGUUUCUGCUGGGAAACAAGACGCCACUGUGGUUCAGUUUACUCCGACGUUACAGGCCAAGAAGGUGAUCCCGUGUCCCAAUUUCUACAGUCAGGAUCACCCUGUCAAAGUGUUGGACGUGUUGUGGCUGAGCACCUACACUUUUGCGGUGGCGUACGCAGCAGCAGAUGGAUCUCUGGAGACGCCGCCGGAGCUGGUGGUGGUGUCCAUACCUAAAAAGGAUGAGAAGAGAGACGAGCGCUACCUGAACUUCAAUGAUCUGGUGUACGGCACCUGCACUGAGAGACAGCACCAUUAUUACCUGUGCCACAUCGAGGACUGGGAUCUGGUUUUGGCUGCUUCAGCUGCUGCUAUUGAGGUCAGCAUCAUCGCCAAACAAGAGGACAAGGUGAACUGGGAGCUGUGGCUGCUGGAAGACGCCAGUCGAGCGGAGCUUCCUGUCACGGAGAACAGCGAGGACACUCUUCCUGUGGGCGUGGCCAUCGAUUACACCAGCCAGGAGGACAUUCAACUGUCUGAUGAGAAGAAGGUUCCUGCUGCACCGACGCUGCUGCUGCUCUCCACUGAUGGAGUUCUGUGUCCGUUCUCUUUACUCAACCUGAACCCGGGAGUCAAACAGCUGAACGCCACUGCGGUACCACUGCCGCUGGACGGGGAACGAGCACCCGCCGCCAAGUCGUCCUUCCCUGCUGCUCCAGUCGCCACUGCAUCCUCCAUCUUCCCAUCAUUUCCAACAUCCUCCACUGCUGCCCCGCCCCCAGCCACAUUAUCCUUCUCAGCCCCGCCCCCAGUGACUUCCUCUGCCCCGCCCCCUUACACAUUACCCUUCACAGCUCCUCCCUCUGCUACCUCAUCAUUCACAGCCCCGCCCCCUUCCACAUCAUCCUUCUCAGCCCCACCUCCAGCAUCAUUUUCAGCCCUGCCCACACCCACUUCUUCAUUCUCAGCUCCACCUCCAACAUCAUUCACAGCCCCGCCCCCUUCCACCUCAUCUUUCUCAGCUCCACCCCCAGCAUCAUUUUCAGCACUUCCCACAGCUACCUCAUCAUUCUCAACCCCUCCCCCAGCAUCAUUCUCAGCCCCGCCCCCAGCCAACUCCUCGGCUCCGCCCACCUCCUCCUCUGGUUUCUCCUUUUCUCUUCCUCCUCUGAGCUCUGCGGCUCCUCCAGCUUUUUCUCUGGGCUCCAGCAGCUCCGGUUUCUCCUUUAAUCCGCCCAAACCCUCGUCGUCCUCUGCUGCAGGCUUUUCUUUCAGCUCCUCCACCCUAAAGGAGGCCACUGCCGCUCCAGUUCCUCCUCAGCGUCCGGCCAGCAUGUCUCCAAUCAUCAGCGCACCUAAAGCACCAGUGGAGCCCGCGACUCCUGCUGUCAAGAUGAACCUCACUGACAGGUUUUCAGCAGUGGAGGCUCCUGUGCAGCCGUUCUCUCUGACCUCCACACCCAAACCCACAGCAGAGUCCAGCGCCCCCACAACAGCAGCGCUCAAACCCUCCACUCAUGCAGUGUUGUCUCGGGUCAGUGUUCCUCCAGCCGCUCCUGCGUCCAGCACUCCAUCGGCACAGCCUGUGUCUGUGAAGGCGCUGGAGAAGCAGCUGCAGCAGAAGAAGGACUCGGACCCGGUCAUGACUGGAAUCCUGGAAGAGAUCGGACUCUUCCAGAAGGAGCUGGAGGAUCUGAAGAGCCGCUGCAGGAACGCAGACUUCAGAGUGGGCAGCACUGACGACAUGAGGGACCUGCGGAAAGAGUCGGAGAACCUGAACACGUUCACACUGGAGAUUAAAGACACCACUGAGUCUCUGCAUGGAGACAUCAGUGCACUGAAGACCAGCCUGCUGGAGGGUUUCGCCGGGGCUGAGGAGGCGCGAUCUCAGAGCGAACUCAACCAGGAUAAAGAUUACCUGCAGCUGCUCUACAAGAAACCCUUGGACCCACGUCGGGACGAGCAGCUCAAGGAGAUCCGCCGCUUGUACCAGUACGUGAAGUUCGCUAUGGAGGACGUGAAUGAUGUGCUGGACGUGGAGUGGGAAAAACACUUGGAGAAGAAGAAGAAACAGCGGCACAUGAUCGUCCCGCAGCGAGAGGCUCUGUUCGCAGCGCUGGCCAAUAAUCUGGACAUCAUCAACCAGCAGAAGCAGCGUCUGGACCGUCUGACCUCUGACCUCCACACAUUGCGGCUCUACAGAGGAUCUGCACUGUGGAGCCUCAGCAGCCGAACGCCAUCCACACCCACUGAGCAGAGUCUGGACAGUGAGCUGGAGAGUCUGAAGGACGCCCUCCUGAAGGCCAGUCUGGAGACGAGCCCUAAAGCUCCUGCUAAAUCUCCAGCUAAAAUGACUCCAGUCAAACAGUCUCAGCUGAGGAACUUCCUGUCUAAGCGUCAGACUCCACCGGUGCGCUCCACUGCUCCAGCGAACCUCUCUCGCUCGGCCUUCCUCUCUCCUCAGUUCUACGAGGAUCUGGAUGACGUGAGCUCCAGCUCGUCUCUGUCUCAGCCUGUGGAGGAUCCCGAGGACAGUCUGGCGGUGGCAGAGGAAGAGGACGAGCCCCUGCCGGUCCAGCUGCUGGCUCCGGCCAUCCCCAGACACCCUGCAGUGGUGCGGACGCCCUCCAUCCAGCCGGGCUUCAAUGUGCAAAGCAGCCCCUUCAGCAGGGUGCAGAGCGGCCCUAUAAACACCAUCAGCACCGUGCCGAAGAUCAACAUGGACAGUGCAGACAGCACAGCGUUAGCCACUAAAACGGUCAAACACGGAGCUCCGCCCUCAGAGAAGACCACGCCCACAACAAUCCCCGCCUCUCAGGCUGCAGCAAGAGCCGCCCUCAGCAGACACAUGAGCAGCCAGAAACCAGUGCGUCUGUUCCUGCACCGGCGGCUCAGGUGGUUCAGCAGGUUCUGGCGACGGUGGAGGCCAAUAAAACGUCAUUUCAGGGGGCGGUAAAAGUCUCCGCUCCGCUGGCCGGUCCUGCGCAGGCCACAGCAGCAAACUUUGUGUUCGGUGGAGCUGCUAAACUCGACGCAGGAGCUGCUUCAUCUGUCUGCGAGAAGAACGCAAAGAGCUUUUCCUUUUCUCCUGCGUCAUCUGGGUUCAGUUUCACCUCACCAUCACAGGACAACAACAGCACUCAAGCAAAGAUCUCUGCUCCACCAGGCAAGUUCUCCUUCGCAGGCAGCACUGGAGCCAAAAUGGCGUUCGGCUCUGUAGUGUCCGAGGAGCCAUUCUCCUUCUCAAAAGUGUCAUCUCCAGCAGCAGCAGCAGCAGCGCCUGUGAUCUCCGCUUCUCCUGAACCUCCUAAAGCUGCAAAACCCAGCACUGGAGAAACCCUCGGCAGCUUCUCCGGUUUACGAGUCGGCCAAACCGAAGAACUCAAGGAAUCUCCGUCAGGCUUCAUCUUUGGGCCUCCAGCAAACGGAUCUAAAGGAUUCUCCUUCAAUCCUGCGCAAAUAAACCCAACAGAGUCUGUAACUCCAGCAGAAUCCACAGCAGAGCCUGCAAAAACGGCACCGGCUCAAGCAUUCGGCUCAUCUACAUUCGCAUUUAAACCAGCAGAAGUCGCAUCUCCGUCUGUAAAGCCGACAUUCUCCAUUCCCACAUCUUCAUCAUCAUCAUCAUUUCCAGCAGCCGCCGCUUCUUCUUUUGGGAGUCUUCUGCGCGCUCCUUUACCAGAAACGGCAACAAAUGUUUCUGCAAAGCCAGAAAUUGCAACAUCUGCUGAGUUAGCUCCAUCUGCUGAUGAUACCCAAUCUCCAGCAGAGCCUUGUACUCCUAAACCAUUAACCGCAGCUGAAUCCACUCCUCCCCCCAGUACUGAAACCCCUAUUCCAGCAGAAUCCAGCAAACCUCCAUCUCCUCCAGCUGCUGUAGUCUCUCCUACACCUCCUCCGUCAGUUUCUCCACCUUCAGAAUCCGCUCCGCUAGUCUCCGAACCGCCGUUAGCAGAAACAGUAACGGAUACUCCGCCUGAAACCGCUAACACUUCAACAUCAGCUCCGGCGUCCACAGAAGCUCCAGCUGCUCCUGCAUCUGACAAGCCUGGGUCAAUCUUCGCUCCUCCACCAGCUGCUGCAGAGCAAGUUCCAGCGGUGGUGUCCACAGUAUCUCCAACACCAGUGUUUUCUUCUGCACCAUCCUCCACCUCAGCGUUCGGAUCUUCUGCUUUUGGCUCCAGCUCUGCCUCCUCCGGCUUCGGCAAACCCACUUUCGGCCAGAGUGCUGGUUUUGGGCCUCCGGCUGCAUCUGGCUCCGCUAGCGGCUUCAGUUUUGGUCAGCCAGCAUUCAGUGCUAGCAGCAGCUCUGGGUUUGGGUCGCCGGCUGCGUCCGCCAGUACUGCGGCCCCCAGCAGUGUUUUCGGGCCCUCCACAGCUAGCAACGCCGGGUCCUUCUCAUUCGGGGCCACCGGCUCCGGCUCCACAGCUAGCACCGGCACCGGCCUCUUUGGUCAGAGCAGCACUUCUGGCUUCGGGCAGCCCAGCGCAGGCUUCGGUCAGGGGGCUGUUUUCGGCAGUAACACCACCACUGCGUCUUCUUCUGGAUUCAGCUUCGGACAACCGUCAGGGUUUGGCAGCAGCACCUCCUCUUCCUCCACAUCUGUGUUCGGACAGCAGGCCAGUGGAGCAGGAGUCUUCGGUCAGGCUCCUUCAGGUGGUCUGUUCGGCUCAAAUGCUGGAAACGCUUCAUCAGGAUCAGGGUUUUUCAGCGGUCUCGGAGGGAAACCCAGUGAAGACGCUGCUAACAAGAACCCGUUUGGAGCUCCAGCGGCCGCCGGAGGAUUCGGGCAGCCCAUAAACACAGGUCCGUCUAACCUGUUCGGCAGCACUGGAGCAAAGGGGUUCAGUUUCGGCAACAGUUCGUUCGGGGAGCAGAAGCCCAGCGGGUCCUUCAGCAGCGGAGGCGGAUCUGUGGCCGCACAGGGCUUUGGUUCCUUCUCCACUCCCACUAAACCAGCUGGUUUUGGCACUGCUCCGGUGUUCGGCAGUCCUCCAACAUUCGGUGGUUCUCCAGCGUUCGGUGGGACUCCAGCGUUCGGCUCGGCUCCGGCCUUCAGCAGCCCACAGAGCGGCUCCUCAGGGAAGGUGUUUGGGGAGGGAACCACAGCGUCCAACAUGGGCGGAUUCGGCUUCGCUUCUCCAAGUGCUCCAUCAUUCGGCAGUCUGGCCAAUCAGGGUGCAGGAGCGAGCUUCGGGAGUCUGGCACAGCAGCAGCAGCAACAGUUACAGCAGCAGCAGCUACAACAACAGCAACUACAACAACAACAACAACAACAACAACAACAGAUACAACAACAGCAGCAGCUGCAACAACAACAGCUCCAGCAGCAGCAGCAGCAGCCGUCAGCCUUCAGUGCUCAGAGCGGAGCCUUCAGCGGAUUCAGCUCACCUUCAGGAUUCGGAGGCUUUGGGAGCCAAAACACCAACCAACCAUCAUCUCAGACCUUCAGCAGCUGGAGGAGUUGAUCCACUCACACACACUCGCACACAGCAGCGGUGGCUCCUGAUAUGAUGCAGUUUUCUCACAUGUGUGUGUGUGUGUGUGUGUUAUUGAGUGAGUGUGUGUGGAUCUCCUCAUGAUGAUGAUGUUUUAUGUUCAGUGUGUUUGUUCUGUUUUAAUCUGCACGAUUGCAAAUAAACUCCAGAGACGUUGAGCGACGCA